AUGAAUGACACUGAAGUAACUGAAUUUGUCCUCAUUGGAUUCUCAGGGAAACCCAAGACAAGAAUGGGUCUAAUGGGCUUCCUGAUCUUUGCCUAUUUGGUGACCAUGAUUGGAAAUGGACUCAUUCUUUUAGUAGUUGUUACUGAGCCUCGUCUCCACAACCCUAUGUAUUUUUUCCUUUGUAAUUUAUCCAUAAUUGAUAUCUGCUUUACUACAACUACAAUCCCACAAGCUAUUGCCAACUGCUUGGUGGACAGACCUAUCAUGUCCUUUAAUAUGUGCUACAUCCAAAUGAAUGUUGGUAUGCAACUAGGAACCACAGAAUGUUUCCUCCUAGCAGUCAUGGCUUAUGAUAGGUAUGUGGCCAUUUCCAAUCCUUUGCGCUAUAUGAUCAUCAUGAACUGGAAAGUUUGUGUUACACUCUCUGUUUUCUCAUGGGUAGGUGCCUUCAUGCUUGCUGUAGUUCCCAUCAUUGCUCAGCCAUCCCAGUUCUGUGGGCACAAUGAAGUGGAUCAUAUUGUAUGUGAUCUCACUGCCCUAAUGAAAUUGGUUUGUUCAGAUAACUCUGUGGGCCAAGUGGUAAUGUUUUUUACAAGUAGCUUCACUCUUCUUUUCCCCUUCUCUUUUAUCCUUUUUUCCUAUUUACGUAUUCUUGUGGCUAUUCUGAGACUCCAUGCAUCAGGGGGCAGGUGGAAAGCUUUCUCGACCUGUGGGUCCCACUUGACUGUGGUGGGCAUCUAUUAUGGAACUUGUAUAUUCACAUAUAUAAAACCUCAAUCUAACUCCACAGAAGAAAGAGAUAAAAUUAGUUUCCUGUUUUAUGGAACAGUGAUCCCUUUGUUAAACCCCUUAAUCUAUUCACUGAGAAACCAAGAGGUGAAAGGAGCACUUAAAAGACUGACAGAGAAGAAACCAUUAGCUUAA